AUGGAAGAGGAUCACGCCGAAUUGCUAGAUAGGAGCGACAGGGCACCGUAUGAAGGCGAACAUCGACUGGACACCGGAGGCUCGAGUGUGGAGAUCAGUAGUUCGGUGAAAUUAUUUUCCCUCUGUGCCUGCUUCAAUUCGUGUACCGUCGGAUAUGAUCAAGGAGCGGCGGUACAUUGUGGCCGCCUUAUCCAAGGCGAGCUUGGCCUCAGCAAUUUGGAGCGAGGGAUGUUUAUGACCAUUCUCUUCGUUUUCAUGAUAAUUGGAGCAUUGGGAAGUCCCUUAAUAAGCGACCGAGUUGGCCGCCGAGCUGCACUGGCGUGUUCUUCCUACAUUUACUUGAUGGGAGCCGUGAUGAUGACCUUUGCGAGCUCCUUCUGGGCCAUUUUGUUUGGCAGAGCGGUGAGCGGACUUGGUGCGGGGCUGGGGUUCUCAGUUGACUCUAUGUACAUUGCCGAAAUGGCACCAGCAGCACAUCGGGGGGCCUUGGUUACGUGGUCGUACAUUGGCCUAACCUUGGGCUUGAUGAUGGGUGCUUCCACUGGUCUAAUCUUCAGCAGCCUAGAGGAAACCAUCCGGUGGCGGGUAAUGCUUGGAAUCGGCAUGAUCUUCCCGAUCGUUGUGAUUAUCACUUCGGUGAAAGUUAUGAAAGAGACCCCACGCUUCUUGAUCCAAGCAAAGCGAAGCAAGGAGGCACGAAUCGCUUUGUCGAUGAUAUAUCCAUUAGACUACAGUGUUGGAGCCGUGUUGGAGGGCAUGAGAGAAGCUCUGUUGCGUGACAGAAUGUCGCAAGAGGGCCGUGGUUGGUCCAUAAUACUUCGACCCACACGUGCAUUCCGACGCAUGCUCCGCCUAGGCUGGGGCAUAUCCUUUGUCUCGCAAGCCGUGGGUGUCGACGCGAUUACAUACUACAUGUUAGAUGUCAUGAGCGACUCUGGCGUUGAGCAGACUACCAUGCAAUGUGCUUCUCUGAUUGGUUUUACCGUCAUUAAGCUGCAGUGCAUCGCCAUCAGUUCCCGUCUGUUGGACAGAGUGGGAAGAAGAAUGGUGCUCUUCAUUUCAUUAACAGGUCUGACGGCGUCACUGCUGAUGAUUGGCAGCUCCUUCUACCUGUCCGAUGUUGAUCAACCAGUCGUGGCCAUGGUUGGCUUGGGUUUGUACAUGGCUUUUUACGGCAUCGGUCUAGGACCAGUGUCGCAGUUGUUACCUGUUGAAGUCUUUGCCACCAGCAUUCGGGCCAAAGCGUUGAGCAUCUCCGUCAUUAUUGGCCGGGGCACAGCGGCAAUCAUGUCUGCUACAUUACUAGUGUGGUCGGAUGCCGUGUCAUGGCCAGAAGUCUUCUUCACACUGGCUGGAAUAAGCUCCGUCUCGGGCCUUUUACUGUAUUGCUAUCUGCCCGAGACAAAGGGUAUCUCGCUGGAAGGCAUGACAUUAUACUUUGCCGAGGUCACCAAUGAUUCCAGCCUGAUAGAAGCCGAAAAAAAGAUUCGAGAAGACGAUGACAAAGACCGAACUGGUGAUGGUGGUGGCUACCAACGGAGGGCGCAAAUGGACGGUGGCACCAGGAUGUUGCGAGUCUAA